AUGGGUUCUAAUCGAAAACGGACCCAUUCGGCUACUAUAGAUUUGACUGGCGACGACGACUCGACAACGCCAAGUAAACACCCUCGUAAUGCGCCAUCCUCAAGCGCAAGCAAUUCUCGUUCCGGCGAGCCACCCUCGAGAAAGUCAUUGGCCACGUCCAACCAAGCACCUUCAUCGACUCAGCUCUAUGAGGUUGAUGACCCGAACUCACGGGCACUGAAUCAAUCCGAUAACUCUCCUGAGCUAGAGUUGUAUGGCUCCCUCGAUGUCAAGAUUGUUGGCUGUAGAUACUACAAUGGCAUAGUGUCGCCCGGUGAGCUGACUAUUUGUCGUCGAGAACCGACCAAUCCGUACGAUGUAAACGCCAUCCGAGUGGACAACGUCCAAGGGGUCCAGAUUGGCCAUUUCCCCCGCAAAAUCGUUGAGAAGUUGGCACCUUAUGUCGACGCAAACGAGAUCGCCAUUGAAGCCAAAAUAAUGGGCGAAAAAGCCACAUUUGAUUGCCCUGCAAAGAUAUUCAUUUUCGGCACCAGUGAGCCGCUGGCCAGGGCACAACUUGAAACCAGGCUCAAGAACGACAAGCUCGUAAACGCUACGCAACUCAAGCAGACCAAGCGCGAGUCUGAGCUCCGUCGUCUUCCUUUGGAGAUUACGGGCACUUCAACACAGUCACUAAAGAACAUGCGACCGGGACAGCAAAAUCCACAGGAAGCCAUGGAGAAACUCAUCGGGCAAAGCCAAGUGAUAAAGGCAAGAUCCGGUGAUGAUCUGGUGAAGAGCUUCGCAAUGAACGAGGAGGCACUGUCCGCUUUGCCUUGUACAGAUCAGCCGCAGGGGCUCAAGUCUCAACUUUUGCCUUAUCAGCUGCAAGGUCUUGCGUGGUUGACCAAGAAAGAGAAUCCUGAAUUCCCUGAACAGGGCUCGGACGAUAACACACAGCUUUGGAAAGUUGAUGCCAGAGGUCGCUACAGGAACCUUGCCACUGAAUUUACGACUGCUAAGGCCCCCAAGCUCAUAAGCGGCGGCAUACUCGCAGACGACAUGGGCCUCGGCAAAACGCUACAGAUAAUCAGUCUUAUUCUGACAGGAGGCUCCGGCCCGACCCUUAUCGUGGCGCCCAUGACAGUUAUGUCGAAUUGGAGCCAGCAAAUCAAGAACCAUGUGUAUGAAAAUGCACGACCAAGCGUCUAUGUUCACCACGGUUCUUCACGAUGCAAAGAUCCAAAGGAGGUGGGAAGUCAUGGUGUGGUCAUCACGACGUACGGAACAAUGACCAGUGAGCGUCAUAACGGCCCUCUGUGCAAAGUUCAAUGGCGAAGAGUAGUGCUGGACGAAGGUCACACAAUCCGCAAUUCCACCACACAAACUGCGGAAGCUGCUUGCGAGCUGAAAGCCACUUCGAGAUGGGUUCUCUCAGGCACUCCUAUCGUCAACAGUAUCCUCGACCUCCAUUCGCUGCUCAAAUUCUUGAAGAUCACGGGUGGCUUGGAGUCGUUGGAAGUAUUCCGUUCCGUCAUUCAGAGAGGGCUUUCCUUCGGAGACUCUCGAGCAGAGAGCCUCCUACAAGCCUUGAUGGGAGACCUUUGCCUGAGGCGCAACAAGAAUAUGAAGUUUGUGGAUCUCAAGCUGCCGCCAAAGACUCACUACGUGCAUCGCAUCACAUUUACAGAUGCCGAGCAAAAGAAGUACGAUGCAGUCUUGUCUGAGGCCAAGGGUGUACUGGACGACAUCCGCAAGAACCCACGGACAAGUCAGAAUGGCGGAUUCACCAGUGUGCUGGAACGACUUCUUAGACUGAGGCAAAUGUGUUGCCAUUGGACACUGUGCAAAGGGCGUGUCAAAGACGUGUUAUCACUACUCGAAGAACAAAAAGUGGUCGACCUUACACCAGAGAAUCGGCAGAUUCUUGAAGAAGCCCUCCGCCUGCUCGUGGAGAGCCAAGAUGAUUGUGCAGUAUGCCUAGACACGCUUGAUGAUCCAGUCAUUACACACUGUAAACAUGCGUUUUGCAGAAAAUGCAUUAUGCAAGUCGUCGGCGUUCAGCACAAGUGCCCACUGUGCAGGACAGAGCUCAGCGAGGACAAGCUCGUCGAGCCAGCCAAGGAAGAUGUCGACAGCUCUGUUCAGGUAGAUGAUUUUGAUGAACUUGCCGGCUCCUCGAAAACAGAUGCACUGCUCAAGAUUCUUGACGGCACGCUACUGAAGAACCCUUCAUCAAAAGUAAUCAUCUUUUCACAAUGGACUUCUUUCCUGAACGUUAUACAGCAGCAGCUAGGGCAUACCACCUAUGGAUAUGCUCGGAUUGAUGGCACCAUGAAGCCAGCGGCCCGUGAUGAUGCCAUGAAGAAGCUUGAGACAGAUCCAGACACACGUAUCCUACUUGCAAGCUUGGGAGUGUGCAGUGUUGGGCUAAACCUCGUGGCAGCAGACACGGUUAUUCUAGCAGACUCUUGGUGGGCUCCUGCUAUCGAGGAUCAAGCUAUCGAUCGAGUGCACAGGUUAGGGCAGACUCGAGCCACAACAGUAUGGCGGCUCGUCAUGGAGGGCACCGUUGAGGAGCGCGUGCUCGAUAUUCAGGCCGAGAAGCGAGAUCUCGUCAGCAAGGCCUUUCAGGAGAAAGGGAAGAAGACAAAAGCCAAGGAAACACGCAUGGCCGACAUAAUGAGGCUUCUCGGCUGA